AUGGUCAAGCAUACAGGAUAUCUCCUCAGGUCCCAAUUGCAAGCUGCCUUCAUCAUGUGUGGCAUCUUCGCCUGUCACUGUCAUCCGGACGUCCAAAAGUUCAAGCCGACUGCCCUUCGUCUAUCAAAGGCGAAAGCAGAGAGCGGAGCUCAACCACUCACCAAUGCCGAUGAGAGCAUCAUCCUCGCCGUCAAUGGCGAGAUUUACAACCACCGUUUGAUUCGAAAGAACCUCAAGACGCCGUAUCACUUCAAGACGACGUCCGAUUGCGAGGUCAUCAUUCCUCUGGUGAGUCACACCCAUCUUGUUACACUUGUGCCCCUUGAUGCCCCGAGAUUGACGGCCAUGCAGUAUAUGCAAUAUGGCCUCGAUGCCCCGAAGUACCUCGAUGGUAUGUUCUCAUUCGUGCUCUACGACAAGAACCUCGACCGCACCAUUGCCGCUCGCGACCCUAUCGGUAUCACAACCUUUUACCAGGGCUGGUCCUCGAAAGAGAACAACGCGGUGUACUUUGGCUCAGAGCUCAAGUGCUUGUUCCCCGUUUGCGACAAGGUCGAAUCGUUCCCUCCUGGCCAUGUCUAUGACAGCAAGACCGGCGAGAGGACAAGAUAUUUCCAGCCGUCAUGGUGGGAUGGCUCAAAAGUGCCGCAGACCCCUGUGGACUUGAAGCUGCUGCGAGAGACACUGGAAAAGUCCGUCAGGAAACGACUGAUGGCCGAAGUUCCCUACGGCGUCCUCCUCUCUGGAGGUCUUGACUCAAGCUUGGUAGCAUCUAUUGCGCAGCGAGAGACCCUGCGGCUCAAGAAGGCUGCUCUGGCAGCGGCCAACGGUGAGACCGCCUCGGCCCCUGAGGACCUUGACAAGGGUGAGGGCCUGGUUGGUAUCGACGACGACAACACGCUGUCCACCGUGACCUACCUCCCACAACUCAACUCUUUCUCAAUUGGGCUUCCAGGCUCCCCUGACAACAAGGCUGCGCUUGAGGUCGCCAAGUUCCUCGGCACGAAGCACCAUGUUAUGACCUUCACGAUCGAGGAUGGUCUUAACGCCCUGUCCGAUGUCAUCUACCACCUCGAGACCUACGACGUCACAACUAUUCGCGCCUCGACGCCGAUGUACCUCCUGUCCAGAAAGAUCAAGGCUAUGGGUAUCAAGAUGGUGCUCAGCGGUGAGGGCUCUGACGAAAUCUUCGGCGGAUACCUCUACUUCGGCCACGCACCCAACAAGGAUGCCUUCCACGAGGAGUGCGUCCGAAGAGUCAAGAACCUACAUCUUGCCGACUGUCUGCGUGCCAACAAGUCCACCUCCGCGUGGGGUCUGGAGGCUCGCGUUCCUUUCUUGGACAAGCAGUUCCUCGAGGUUGCUAUGAACAUCGACCCGGCGGACAAGAUGAUCGACAAGGACCACAUGGAGAAGUACAUCCUCCGCAAGGCCUUCGAUACCACCGAUGAGCCGGAGACCGAGGCGUAUCUGCCGGACAACAUCCUCUGGCGCCAGAAGGAGCAGUUCUCCGAUGGUGUUGGCUACGGGUGGAUUGACGCCCUCAAGGACAACGCCGAGCUUCACGUCACAGACGAGAUGAUGAAGAACCCCAAGCCCGAAUGGGGAGAUGAUAUCCCGGAUACCAAAGAGGCUUACUGGUACCGCUGCAUGUUCGACGAGCACUUCCCUCCUCACUGCGCCUCAACAGUCAUGAGAUGGGUGCCGAAGUGGGUUCAGCAGUCGGAUCCCAGUGGACGGGCUAUUGCUUCUCACGUUGCGAAGUAUGAGGAGACUCAGUAG